GCUCCUGGGCUGGGCUUGCUGCCUUUCUCUCCCUCCCUCUGGCAGGCAAAGCAAGGGAGGUUGACCCUGGGCUCCAGUGAUCAAUCGUGGAGGGUUCUCCUCCCCUUUGGACCCCUCCUCUGUCUUCUCUGCGAUCGUCUGAAGCCAGCCAGAGAGGAGCAUCAUCCUUUCAGAGCUCAAGGCAGAGAAGGAAGGCGAGGAGGAGGAGGAGGACAGAGAGAGAGAGAGAGAGGGGGUGCUGUUGGGAUCAUCAAGUGCAGUGUUACUAGCAAUCGAAGAGGAUCCGCUGGCCCACUGUGAUUUCAUCACGCUAGGAAUUCCCUGGGCUUUAAUACCGAGGCGGUUGAUUUUGCUUGAAAGCGGCUACAAGGAGAGGCCAACGUAAAACGUUGAUUCAGCUUGAGGCUGUUUCUGGCCCUCAGUUUUAAUAUGUGAUGCCCCAGCAUCGUUAACAUACAGACCUUCCUAAUCUUAGUUAACAGGCAAGACAGUUUGAGCGCAGUCAUGGAUGACUAUGAUAUCAGGUCUGCUGCCAGCAUUUUGGCAUCCGUUAAAGAGCAAGAGGCUCGUUUUGAGCGGCUCACCCGGGCCCUUGAAGAAGAGCGGCGCAAUGUCUCCCUGCAACUCGAACGCGCCAAUCAGCCCUCGGACCGAGUGAGCAUGUGCAACAUUGGCAGCGGCCAGCCCCUGGCAACUGCCUGGCAGCAACUGGUCCUGCAGGAGCAGAGCCCAAGCAACCAGACAUCAAUAGCAAUGAUGCAGGAACCCCAAGAAAUGGUAGAAGAGACUGUGACUGUGGAGGAAGAUCCAGGCACCCCUACAUCUCAUGUUUCUAUUGUGACUUCAGAAGAUGGGACCACAAGAAGGACCGAGACUAAGGUAACCAAAAUGGUCAAAACUGUCACAACCCGGACCGUGCGCCAGGUUCCACUUGGGCCCGAUGGUCUCCCUGUGGUGGAAGGCUCAUCUCCCAUGGGCAGUUACACUGACUCUAUAGACAGGAGGCACAUGAAGAAUGGGGAACGAUACAUCACACCACAAGCUUCUUCCACCUUGACCCGAUCUUACAACAGCUACAAUGACUCCUAUCCAGACAGUCACGACGGCCAGUACCGCCCUUUCGUGGGCCACGAUGGUUAUGGAGACCUCCCGGACAACUAUGGUAGCUUGUCCCGCAGCAUCAAUUACCGUCCACGUUAUGCCUAUGUCCCUGGGAACAGUUACCGGCCAGAGGAUGGUAGUUUCACGUUGCCAAGCAGAAGGGAUAACUAUGGCCCGCUGCCCCAACCUCAGGUGCCAACAGGGAGCAACGCAGACCUGAACCGCUCCCAGCCAGAACGAUUCCAACCUGAGCCAUAUGGCCUUGAAGAUGAUAACCGCAGCCUUGGAGUUGACGAUGAGGGAUAUGAGCUUGAUCCAGAAUACUCAACAGUGAACCGCAGGACAUCAGCUGGGAUGCCUGAGAGAGGAAGGCCUCUCAAGGGAAGCAGGGGCUAUGAGGAUCCUAUUGAGACUGAGAUUGUUGACGAGAGGAUCCCCUACCUGCAUGGUAGUUAUGCCGCCCCCUUGGCGCAGCCUGAAAGAGGAAGCAUGGCCAGCAUUGACCGCCUGGGCAAGCGCUCUCCUUCCAUCGACAGCAUCCGCAAAGACCCACGGUGGCGGGACCCUGAUCUCCCAGAAGUCAUUGCCAUGCUCAGCCACCCCAUCGACCCAGUCAAGUCCAACGCAGCAGCAUACCUCCAGCACCUCUGCUAUGAGAAUGAUAAAAUUAAGAAGGAUGUGAGACACCUCAAGGGGAUCCCAAUCCUGGUGGGCCUGCUAGACCACCCAAAGCCAGAGGUGCACCGCAAAGCUUGUGGGGCUCUGAGAAACAUAUCCUAUGGAAAGGAUAAUGAAAACAAAGUGGCAAUAAAGAAUUGUGACGGGAUCCCAGCUUUGAUCAGGUUACUGCGGAAGACAAAUGACAUGGAAGUGCGGGAACUCAUUACAGGUACUCUUUGGAAUCUCUCAUCCUAUGAGCCCCUCAAAAUGGUGAUCAUUAACCACGGUCUUCAGACACUGACCAAUGAAGUGAUCAUCCCCCAUUCUGGCUGGGAGAAUGAGCCAAAUGAAGAUUCAAAGCCUCGAGAUGCCGAGUGGACAACUGUCUUCAAGAACACAUCAGGGUGUCUGAGGAACGUCAGUUCGGAUGGCGCUGAAGCCCGCAGAAGACUCCGGGAAUGUGAAGGCUUGGUGGAUGCCCUCCUCCAUGCUCUGCAGUCUGCAGUGGGCAAGAAGGACACUGAUAACAAGUCUGUAGAGAACUGUGUGUGCAUCAUGAGGAACCUCUCAUACCAUGUCCACAAGGAGGUACCAGGAGCAGACAAGUACCAGGAGCUAGAAGCCAGCCACCCUGGAAGCCUGGGGGGGACUCACAAGAAGAAGAAAGAUGACGCGGGUUGCUUUGGUGGCAAGAAAGCCAAAGAGGAGUGGUUCAAUCAAGGAAAGAAGAACGGUGAUGCAGACAGGAAUUUUGACACACUGGAUUUGCCUAAGCGAUCUGAAUCAGCAAAAGGGUUUGAAUUGCUUUACCAACCGGAGGUGGUGCGGCUUUACCUCUCCAUUCUCACAGAAAGUCAGAAUUUCAACACUCUGGAAGCUGCAGCUGGUGCUCUGCAGAAUCUCAGUGCUGGAAACUGGACGUGGUCCACAUACAUCCGGGCAACUGUGCGAAAGGAGAGAGGCCUACCAGUUCUUGUGGAGCUCCUGCAGUCUGAUUCCGAUAAGGUGGUGCGAGCGGUGUCCAUCGCUCUGAGAAAUCUCUCCAUGGAUCGUCGCAAUAAGGACCUCAUAGGUAGCUAUGCCAUGGGUGAGCUGGUACGAAAUUUGCCUAGCAGACAACAGAGAUCUUCAAAAAACCUGGAGGAGGACACCGUGGUUGCAGUCCUGAACACCAUUCACGAAAUCAUUACUGACAGCUCCGAAAAUGCCAGGUCCCUGAUCCAGACGCAAGGCAUUCAGAAGCUAGUUGCUAUCAGCAAAUCGAGCAGCCAGUCCUCCAGGGAAACAAAGGCAGCCUCGCAUGUUCUUCAAAUGACCUGGAGUUAUAAAGACCUACGGAGUGUUUUGCAGAAGGAAGGCUGGAACAAAUCCCAUUUCCAGUCGGCAUCUGCUACUCCUAAGGGAUCCAAAGGUACUUCUUGCAAAUCGGGCUACGAUGACAGCACUCUGCCUCUUGUGGACAAAAGUCAAGAUAAUGAGAAGACUGGAAGUCGGGAUAUGAUUCCUAUGGAUGAACUCGGGCCAGAUGGCUACUCCACCAUUGAUCACCGCGAAAAGGAGAAGAAAUACAAGGCUAACGACAACAUGGGAGACGCAUCUGAGAAGGAACCACUGAAAAAUGACACAAAUAGGAAAACCCUAAACAGGAGUAAUAGGGCUUCGGUGACUCUGGUGGAUGCCCGUGACCCUAAACCCCAGCCUGUUGACUCCUGGGUGUAAUUUGCAUGCAUGGGCUAAGGUCCAGCUGCUUGUUUUAUUAUUCUUAUCCCAAUUUUUUCCCCUCGACUUAAAAGAAGAAUCAACACACAGGAUCUCAUUAAACCAUCACUGCCAUUCAGAUUCAGAGGGCCUUGACAUUUUGCAUCGAUGGAACCAACCAGGCUGCAGAUUCUAUUGACGGCAGGGACCGGGUGACUGACAAACCAUCAGCCAAUCUUGGAGCAGCAUGCCUUACAGAAGGGACUCUUCUGCUUUUUAAGAACCAAUCACAUUCCCAGCCGUCAUCCCCUUACCCUUUCAAUGUCCUGCAGGAGAAGGCAGGAGAAUACGGAAGGCAAGCUUACGUCGAACGGCUUCGGUUCUUAGCUGACUCUUCUAUGUGGAUGGUGCCAAGUUAGGAGAGGAAGGUCAUGAGAUGGGGAAGAGGACGUAGAAGAAGAAAAAGAUGUCACACGUGAAAGGAAGAAAAAACACUACAGAAUAUUCCAAGUAUACCUUUGAUACAGUCAUUAAAAACAGCACUUUUUUUCUCCCGCUCCCCCCACCUUUUGAACUGUGAAUUUUUAAAGAGAAAAAAAAUAGCAGUGAUAAUUUUCUUUUCUUUUCGUGGCCUAUUGUGAAGGUUUUAUUCUUUGAUCUGUGGGGAAUGCAGAAUUGUGGAGCUGAGUUUGGAUGGAUUUUGACGGAAGGUGAAAAAGGAAAAAAUAAUAAUCUUGGUUGACUGACUUGGAAAGGUGGAAGACGACAUGGGCGUGGGCUGUAUAAUCUGCUUUAGAAGUAAGCGAUACCACACUGUGCUCUCUCUAUAUUCUCAUUGGUGUACAAUUCAUCUGCCUUUUGACUUCUGUAAUGGCGCGUUUAUCCUUCCAAACAUAUAAAAUGGUCACUUUUGAGGUUUUGCUGUCCUCAAUCAGAAAGAGAGAAAAACCAAAACCUCAGCUCGAUGCAGUUUACUUUUCUUGUUACCAACAUUCAUAACAAGCGCUCCUUUUGAUUUCCAACCUGUUGAGGAUGAGUUGACAGCAAUUUCGUUUUCAGCAUCGCAGGUCCCUGCCCCCCCCCCCCGCCUCCAUCUCCCCGCUUCCCAUAGAUAGCAAAGACUUUGGAUUACAGUGGAAUCUUCCUUGCAAGGAAGAUGUGCUUAGAAUACAACACAAACGUCAGAUGAAUCUGUACUUUUUGCUGGUUUAAAAAAAAAAAGGCGGGGGGACACCUACUACUGGAUCCCAGCUAUGAUCUUUGGAUAUGCUUUCAAUAGACUACUUCAAAGGGAACUGUAAUCUCUUUCUUUCUUUCUUUCUUUCUUUCUUUCUUAAACCACUGGUGUGUGGAUAGCUUAGAGCAGGGAUGGCAAUUGCACAGCCAUCCAAAUGCUGUGGGGCUGCAACUCCUAGCAUUCCUCACCGUUCCUCGUCAUGGAUUGUGCUGGGUAAGGCUGCUGGGAGUUGCAAUGCAGCAACAUCUGGAGGGCCACAUGAUUCCCAUCCCCAGUUUAGGGUUCAAUCCUAUGUGCAUUUAUCUGGGAGUAAAACCCACUGAACUCACUGGGACUUAACAUCCAAGUAAACAUGCCUAGGGUUACUCUUAGCCUGUAAGUAGGGUUGAACACUUAACAGAUGGCAUCCUAUUUAUGUGCAAAGCCUUAUCUAAGAUCUCCUGUUGUAUGGGUUUAGGGCAAGCUAUUUUGCCAUCGGUGCAUAUAACCAUAUUCCCAUAUACUGUAUACAGUAACGCUUUGUGCUUUAACCACAUUUUCAUUUCCUUUGGGGUUUCUAGGCCGAAAAUCAAAGCAGGACUCUGAAUUUCUAAUUCAACUUAACAUUGGUUCUCUCUUUCUCUUUCUCGUUUUUGGUAAAGUUUAGUUGGUUGCCAUAUAUUAAACGGUGUGACUAGAAAGCACAUUCUUUUUGUCGAAAUCCAGCAAAUUUCAUUUUGGGGAUCUCAGUGCCUGCUGUUUCCUUUGUAAUUUAAAAUGAAAUGGGAUGGGUUGGGUUGGAGAUGGCUGGGGAGAGAAUAACCGAAAACAGAAACAAAAAUUACUGUAUUAGUUAAGCAUCUAACUUUUUUGUAAAAAAAAAAUUAAAAAUUAAAAUCCAUUAAAAAAAAAAAGACAAGCCGAGACAAAAAAAAAAAAGCAAGAAUCGAGAACUUUGUAUCUUCUGGAAUAUAAAGAAAAUAAAAUUCGACACGAAUUACAUAUAUAAAUAUAUAUCUAUAUCUAUAUAUUGUUGUGCAGGAAAAAAAAAUAGGUUGCCAAAACCACGUAAGUAAUGUUUGUAGCAGGAAAGCGGUUUUUUUGCAUUGAUUCAGGGAAAGACUGGUGCCAGAAGCUCUUUGGCAACUUGAAUGGUACAGACACAAACAUCUAUCGACAGUUUUACCCCCCCCCCCCCCCCCCCCCCCCCACCUUUCCCAAACCCCUCCCCUUCAUGCCAGCGGGGGUUACCUCUCAGGUCUUUCCGAAAUGCGAGGCGCUUGGGAGCAAAGUCAGGUCGCCACGACCGAUGGAAGAGGGAGGCCUGACUGGGCCAAAGAUCUCUUGGCUGGCCAAACAGCCCAAGGAAUUAGAUUUUGUCUGGAUUCAAACCGGAGACCUCUUUGACCCCCACACCCCCGUGGUUGAAAGAGCGAAAUGGGAUCAGACUCCUUCUUGCUUCGAAAAAUGGUGCUCUUUUCAUAUUUCUGCUAUUGAUAAGUCAAAAGCCUUUUAACUGGGCUGUACAUUUUUAUACCAUCUUUGAGACACUUGUGUAAUUCUCUCUCUCUUUCUCUCUCUCUGUCUCAUUUACUAUACAAAGGGAAUUCUGUUUCAUUUGGGGAUUAUUAUUUUUUUCCCAAAAAGAAAAAAAGCUUUUGUGCAAUCGGUUCGUAAUUUGCUCUCGUUUGUUAUUAGGACCCUGUAGAGCGGGGAUGUAGAGUUUGAGGUCUGGCUUUCUUGAAGUCCCAGUCUGGAUUUCUAGGUCUCCCCAAAAGACCACCUGCCCUUCCCCAUGAUGCCAUGGCUUAGUGGCUUCCCUGCUUUUCUAUGGCAAUCUCCCCCAUUCUAGAAGGUUAAAAUGCUUCCCCUAAUGUUUUGUAACUGGCAGUAUGUCCAACUGAUAUUUUGGGCCCAGCCUUUUUGGCCCAGCCCACCAACACCAUGCCCACCACCAAGAACACCACUGAUGCUGAAUUCAGCUCAUGGUUUUGAAGACCAUUGUACACCCGCACAUACAGCUAUAUGGAAAUGAUCUCCAUCAGGCCAUGCUUGCCUUUUAAUCUGUGGAGUUUAUCCCACUGGGGCUAAUUUUGGCAUUAAAGAGAGAUUAAAGUGCACAUAAAGCAUCCUGCGAAUAAAGCGAAAAUGGUGAGUAAUUGCGCGAAUGAUUAUCACACACGAAUAAAGCGAUAUCGGAAAUGCCUUGUCGCUGAAAUCCCGAAAGUAAAAAGAUGUGCAUUGAUGCUUCUUUGAGACCACUUUCAUGGCGGGUUUUGAGCGAUGACGUGUGAAAUAGUUUUGCAUAAUUACAUGGUUUUUCCAGGAUAGUCACAGGAUAAAGUCCUGAUCUCCUUUGUGUGAUAAACUCCUAUGUUCUUUAGAAAGAACUGGGGAGGGAAAGCAUCUCCCGCCUCUGCUUGGUGGCAUUUCUGAUGAACACAAGACUUCCUUGUUUUCACAGGCCAUCUCACAGAAAGGCUAUUGUACAGUCCAAUACUUUGAGGCAAGAGGAAGUCCUGUUUGUGGUCCUGUUUGUAGGAAUCUUCAAGUGCCCUGAGAAGUGACUCUAUAGAGGGAAACAUGACAGGGAGAAAACCCAGUGGAGGGAGGGUCACCAUUACAGGAGAUGCACAUCAUACAGAAACAAGCAACAGACUUAGGGGCAUGUUUUCAGUGCGUAAUUCCCUGGAGUUGCUGCCAUCCAGCAUGUCAAAUGAGUAGACAGCUAAACUGGAUUUUUGGUAGUCAGUGAGAGUGUCAAGCCUUGCCGUUCUGACCAGUUAUUAGUCCUAGUGGGGGAUUGCAAAAGAAAUUCUGUGCUGGGAGCAAACCAUGCGCACCCGUCCCUAAUAAUAAUAAGCUGCAGUGUCGGUUUCAGCAGCCCCAUUUGGCUGUUCGUGUAUUUGCUUGCUUGCUUCUUCGCCCAGGUUAGUUGUACUCUGCCAAGUCCAUUUUAGUCCUCCUUUAGGAUCCCAGGGAGAUUUGGAAGACGCAUCAAUUCUUGGAACUGUGCCAAAGCAUUGCCUAUGAAGCGGCUUGCACAUUGACUGUCCAUUGAGCAGGCUACUCCUGGACUGCCACCUUGGAGUGAUCAUGGCCAGCAGUGAGGUGAGCAAAUCCUGCAAGCAGGCUCCCUCCUCCUUUCCCCAAAGCCUACCUACUUGGGGGCAGGCAGAGCAGAUAGUG